UGAUACCAUCUGUCAGUGUCAUUAUUAGGUUGAGUGGAAAAAAAGGUUCAUUUAGGGGCAAAAACAAAACUAAAAAAAUCUCAAAUGAAAAAUUAAAAACCUCUUUUCGUCAAAAAUCAUGUGUUCCUGAAACAAGUGCUUAAAAAUCAGUGACAACUAAAUACAACCUAAAACAAAACAAAAACCAAUUUAAAAAAUGGCAUCGAUUUUAGAUAUGAGAACCAAUAAUUUGAGUCCCAGUAUCUUCGAAUAUUGGACUCAAGAAAUUACAAAUUUCUUCACACCACUCAAAUACUUACUGGCAAAUUCUCGAUUGGAGUUAUUUCUAAAGGAUGUCGAUGUCAAUUAUAUUGUGAAUACGGUUUUUUGGAUUUUCUUAAUGUUCACUUUGGGUUUUUGUGGUUUCUAUCAUUUGUUCCACGUAUUUUUCAAAUCACCAAAUGUCAAAUUCUACAAACGCAAACAAUUCGCUCGAUCCAUUUGGAAUAUUGCCUUUUAUGCAGCUUCAACUAUAUUUCUCUACUAUUACAAUGAAUACAUGAUCUCACCUCAAUUGGUUCGCAAUGCCGGACGACUUUUCCCCACCUAUGAAAAUACAAUUUUCUACAAAUCACAAUCUUGUGAGAAAUUUCAACUGUACUCUUUAUUUAUAACAACUUUUUAUUUGCAUGGAGCAAUGUUGGAUUUUAAGGAAAGUGAUUUUUCGGAAGCUGCUUCAAAGACACUUUAUGCUUUAGCAUUGGUGUCAAUUAAUGGAUAUAAAUUCGAAAACUAUUUUGUUGGAUUGAAUUUAAAUUUGGGAAUUUAUAACAUCAUAACUGAUUGUUUGUUUCUAUUGGCCUUACAAAAUUCCCAUCGAAAUCGUUUGAUUUAUCAAGUUUUUCUUGGACUCCGAAUUGCAUCAUGGUCCCAUGUGUUUAUCAGUUUGCUCCCAUUCAAAUACCUAGUCCCAACUCUCUUUGCAAAGAAUUUUAAAAUUCUGCUAAAUGUUGUAAUAUGGCUCUGGUAUGGACUCUCAAUUUGGAACUCACCCGUUUUGCAGUAUUUCAACCACCAAAUCUAUCAUAAUUCACCCAUUGAUUGUUCUGGUGAAGGAUCAGCAGCAAAGUGCAUUCUACUGAAAGACUCAAGUGAACAUAGACACUUUAAAGCUUUGAAAAAGGCCUAUUUUGAAGUUAAAUUGGCUCAUGAAAAAAUGACAGCUUGUGUAACAACAGCAUCGACAUCAGAAAAUUCUUCAGCAAAGACAUUUCAAGCUAUAAAAUGUAUUAUGACGCUCAAAAGAAAACUCAAACGUAUUCGCGAAGGACGAGGUGAAAAUAUUUACGAUGCUGGUGAAAUUACACCAGAUUCACCCACCGAAUCUGAAUAAUAAAGAACAUUAAAUUGACAGGAUGAAAAGACGAAAGAAGCUCAAUUAGGCUAUUUCACUUAGCCUAUUAUUUUAUUUAUUUAUAAUAUUUUUUUUUUAAUUAGUGUAUCCUUAUUUAUCUUAAUGUUAAAUCUCUCUUAUUUUUAACCUUGUGAUAUUCCAAGAUAGAUUUUUUUCUUCGUUUAAAAAAUCGGAAGUAUAAACUUCUCAAUUUUACAUCAAUUUUAAAGAGAAGCUCUAACCUCUCAAUUUAAUUCCUAUAAUUUUAUUGUAAAACUAUUAUUUUUAGUAAACAAUUUUUUUUUAAUUUGUAGUCCAUAUUUAUUAAAAAUCUUGUUUUAGCAACAAAAAAGACACUAUUUUUGAUAAUCUUAGUAAAAU